UCCCAGUUUCCUUCAUUCACUUCUCUGCUCCUAUACACCUUCAUUCUUGUUGCUGUAGAGCUUUGCCGAUACUCCAGAAAGAUGUGCUCCCGCAGGCCCUGCCACAGCCACGAAACCUCCUGCCAUAGAUCCCACUCCUCCUGCCACGACUCAGGACCCUCCUGCCAUUACACCAUCCAGAGGCAGCCUGUGCAGAAGUACACCUACGUGACACCCUGCUGCCCCGCCGUGCAGCCCUGCUGCCCGCCUGUGCAGCCCUGCUACCCCGCUGUGCAGCGCUACUGUCCCCCAGUCCCCUACUGCCCCCAGUACACCAAGAACAUCUGCAAGCUGCCACCAAUGUGCCCCAAGUACUAGCAGCAGAAUCCAGACCUGGUACCUGGAUCCGCUGGCUCACUCCUCCCUUGGAUGAUCUCGAUGCCUAAAGCUUGAAUCCUUUGUUCUCUUUUCCCAUUUUUGGUUUGCCUGAAUCCUCUAAUACCUCAUCUGUGAUUAGAAUUUCCUUCAAAAUAUAAAUCAGAUCCAUUUUAAUUUAUUUAGCAUGCAAGACCCAGCUUAUGUUCUUUUCCAAAAGACUGGGAAUUAUUUCUGCUGGCACUGACUUACACAUGAUGUGUCAACUUCCAAAACAUGCAGAUGAAACAAUAAAAUUUCAUUUCCAAAAAUAGAAAAA